AACUAGUCUCACGAUAGUUUGCGAGUGAAAGAAAAAGCUAGCAGGCAGGCUACGGACAGGGCGGACCCGAGCAGACUUUAUGAAUUGUUUCUAUUGUUUAGGCCGAUAAAAUGGUGUCUGCAUCUACACACCGAUGAGUUUACGGUUCGCAGCAGUCGUUCGCUCCUCUACAGCAUGGAUUCAAACACAGCAAUUUGCUCCCUGAGAGAGGAGGGAGAGCUGGAGGACGGGGAGAUCUGCGAUGAUGAAACCGAGGAGAGUGUGCCGUUCCGGCGGGGGGAUGGUAACAGGCCCGGUGGCCGCGGGGCCCCUCCACGGAGCAGAAAGUCUCACUCACAUCCUCAAAACGUGCUGCUACACCCGGGUCCCCAGGCGCCUGACUUUCGUCUUUUGAUACCGUACAACCUCGGACCUCACGGUCCCUUUCUCCCGAACCACCGGCAGCAGUGCGGGCCAAGCGGGCCCGAUCGGCCUCUUAUGACUUCACCGUCUCCGCUAUUGCCGCCGCCGCAGCUAUCGGGGCUUGGGUCCCACGGCGACCCGGGCCCGAAGUCCAACUUCUGGGAGCGUAGCCACGGAGCCCUAGGUAGGUUCAGGCACCGGGCAAUGCCGAAUGGUGCGCGCGGGGCCUGGACCCGAGGCAGCAAAGCUCCCGCCGGUCGUUACGGGCCCGGGGAGAGUCAUGGCCCCAUGAAGGAGUCGCCCUCCAGAAAACAGAAAUCUCAGACCAGGACUCAGACCAGGAAAGCAAUCCACAGUAUUUCCAAAGCAGACAGCAGUGUUGACGAGUCCUUUGAGGAAUUGUUAUCCAAGUAUAAGCAGAUUCAGCUUGAGCUGGAAUGUAUUCGCAAGGAGGAGACCAAGGCUCUGGAGCCUAAAGCUUCUCUCUUCAAAGAUGACCCUCAAGGCCACGCCGCCAGUAUUACAGAGACCAGAUUGGUACCUGAAGCUGGUCAAACAAAACCAGAGGACGCAAUGGAGGUGGAGAAGUCAGAGAAGAAAGUCUUCCAAGCGUUCAACAUCAAACCUCUGCGUCAGAAACUGCCGACUCCUGCAAAUCUGGAUGAACUGCAGAGGGGACGUGUUGAUCAGGAGGCUGAAGAGGGCACACACGGAGAUGGUGCAGAAGAAGAAAAUGGAGCUGACGCUGGAGUGAAAACUGAAAUGAAAACCAGCCCAGAAUCAGAGGAAAAGACAUGUUCAUGCUGCACUGAGGAAACUGACAAAGAGAAAAGUAGAAAGACGUGUGCAUGUGGCAGAGAGUCAUCAGCCUCCAGCGAGGAUUCUGCCCUCUCUCCAGACAAGGUGGAGACGCCGGUGGUGAAGGUGGAAGAGGAAGAGCUUUCAGAGCUGCAGCUGCGUCUCCUCGCUCUACAGUCAGCCAGUAAGAAGUGGCAGCAGAAGGAGCAGCAGGUGAUGAAGAAAAGCAAAGACCGGAUCACAACGGCCAUGCAGGAGAGAACCUCCAGCUUAGGUCCGGCACCUGGGCCUCCUACGCCGGGUAGGCAGAGAGUCACCACCAGGUUAGCCUCUUUUGCCACUGCUGCUGCAGACAAAAACAAAACCAGGUCCAAACCUCAGGACAGGGAACGAAACAGGGCCAAGACUGGGCCCAGACCUCCAGACAGAGACCGGCUUUCAGAAAGAGAGAGACUCAAACAGAAUGCCAAACCUGGUUCCAAGGCGUCUCAGGAGAGGGGCCGGACUCCAGGCAAACCUCAUCCAGCCAAGAGAAUAACGAGCCCAGGCUCAGUGGGAAAACAGGCCUUCAGGAAGCAGCAGCUCAGGACUUGGAAGCUGCAGCGGCAGCAAGAAGAGAAGCGGCGGCAGGACGAGGAAGAACGACGUAAACGAGAGGAUGAAAUUCGCCGAAUCCGAGACCUGUCCAACCAGGAUGAGCAGUACAACCGCUUCAUGAAGCUGGUGGGAGGGAAGAUGAGGAAGCACAGCCAAUCCACAGACCGUGAACACAGGAAGUCUACAGGUAAACUGGGCCUGGACACCUCAGGGAACCUCUACCAAUAUGACAACUACGAUGAGGUGGCAAUGGACACAGACAGUGAGACCAGUUCCCCAGUCCCAUCCCCCUCUCGCAGCCCAUUUCCUGCUGACAGUCCUGGAUGUUUCCCUCAGGUGUGUCUGCAUGGGACAGACUCAGCUCAAUUUUCACUGGACUUUUCUCGGCCCUCCCUCUCACCUGUGGUCUCCACUAUUCCCCCCCCACCUCCACCUCUUCCCCCUCCACCGGAUGAGGUGGAUCCUCCUCCUAAACCCCCGUUUGCUGAUGAGGAGGAAGAGGAGGAGAUGUUGUUGAGGGAGACCUGCCUCAUGUCAAUGGCCAACAAAAGGGUGGCAGUUACUGAGGAGAAGGGCUGCAUCCAUCCUCCUCCUCUAUCUGGUGUCCAGCAAACAAGCAGAGGCAACCUGAGCACAGUCAGUCUGAACACGGUGUCUCAGUCCAGGAACAAGUUUAGCAGAGCUCAUCACACUCCCAGAGCCCCACUGGUGCUGCCCAGACACAAAUCUGUGGUGGUUUCUCUCAACGACUCCGAUGACAGUGACUCUGACAUGGACACAUGCAGCUCCACACAGUCAGUGUUUGGAGGACUGGAGUUUAUGAUCAAAGAAGCCAGGAGGACAGUGGAGGCCGCAAAGCCUAAGUCAGCCUUGGGGUGUGAAAAGGAAAAUAACCCAGUCAGAACUCCAGAAGCUUUACCUGAAGCCAAAAAAGCCGAGUACCAUCUGCUUAAAGAGGAAAUUGCCAGUAGGGAGAGGCAGAAGAUGCUGAAGGAGCACAGUCUGACCUCCUGCUCCACUGCUCCUGCUCUGUUUGAGUCACCUGCAGAGCUUAAGCUGAGUGAUGCUGAGCAGAGACUCACCAAAAACAGAGAACUGCUGCAGAAGGAUGAGGCCAUCCUCAGACAUCUGCUGCAGCAGGAGCUAAAGAAGAAGGAGUCUCUGAAAGCGGCAGAGGCUAAAGUAGCCAAACUGAGAGAGCAGCUUCAAGCAUCAGAGAAGGUUGUCAGUGCAAACAAGAUGCUCCUCAAGAAGCUGCACGAACAGGUGCAUCGUGUUGAACAACGAGUCUCCAUAAAGAAGAGCAUUACUGUCAAGUUGGAGAAGGAGCUGGCCCAGACUCAGCUGGCUGCUAGAAAAGGAUGUAAGCGCAGAUCAGACUCCCACCUAAACAAGCCCACCAACCUGUUCCGUGUCGACUCAGAGCGACACUUUGCAGAGCUAAUUGCUCAGAAGCAGCGACUGCAGAAACUUGAGUCUGAAUAUGCCCUCAAGAUCCAGAAGCUGAAGGAAGCUCAGGCCCUGAGGAACAAAGGACUACUGUCAGAGCCCCCGAUCCGAGCCUCUACCCCACCAGACCCUCGGGACCAAAUCCCACCUCCUUCCAGGCCCUUUCCAGUGCCUCAGCCGUCUUUGCAUGACCUCACCCAGGACAAGCUCACCCUGGAAAGUGAGGAUAGCGCAGAGGCUGAUGAUAAUGACUCAGAAGCUGCUGCCGCCGCUGCUGCUGCUGCUGCUGCUGCUAAACGUCCUCGUCGGCACUCACUCCGGCAGUCUAGCUGCUCCUUUACCAAACCAAAUCUGGAGCAGCUGAGUUCCACCCCAGCUAAAGAGAGCAGCACCAAACGCAACGCAGUGAUUCCUGUUGAGAUGUUUGCUGGGCUCGACCUGGAUGCUUUGAAGCUGCGAGACCAGCAGCAGCCCCGGCUGGGGGAGCUGCUACAGAGGCAGCUGCAGAUCCUGGGAAACGACCUCCGUGACCCUCCACCUGCACAAGUGGUCACCAUAGUGCCAGACUCAAUAAGUCGGUCUGGCAACUCAGAGCUGAAGCCCGUUCCAUUUGGACCAUAUCACAGCCCCCUGCUGGGCUUCAAAUCAUACAGGUUUAGUCCAUAUUAUAGGACCAAGGAGAAGCUGUCCCUGAGCUCUGUCACCUACAGCAACACCAUCAACCCCAAGAAGUGUUUCUGUCGGUUUGACCUGACAGGAACCUGCAAUGACGAUGACUGCAGAUGGCAGCACAUGAGAAACUGCACAUUGACUGGAAACCAGCUUUUUCAGGACAUCCUGUCCUACAGCCUAUCUCUGAUCAGCUGCUCUGAGAGCAGCUCGGACGAAGACAUCUGCACCGCCACAGAGAAGUACAUGAAGAAGCUGUUUGGUAUCAACAAAGACCGGAUGGGAAUCGAUCAGAAGGCCGUCCUUCUUGUCAGCAAAGUGAACGAAAGCAAACAACAUGUUCCUCCAUUCACCACCUGUAAAGACCUGAGGAGGUGGCGACCCAAACCAUCGGCACUAAGCACCAUUAGCCCUGAGGAAGAGAGUGACGAUGACGCCACAUCUGACAUCACCACUGGGAGACAGGAUGAUGGCUCUAAGUGCAGUCUAUCUAUUUUGGACGUCUGUGUCACAUCAGAGGACAAACGUUAUUUUGUCAGCGAGACAGACGACAUAUCAAACCUGGAGACUAGUGUCCUAGAAGGUCCAGCAGACACUCAGCUGUGGCUUAAACUUGCCUUUAAGUACUUGAACCAGAAUGAAACGUCUGCAGCAGAGUGCCUGGAAGCCGCCUUGAACACGUUGUCUCGAGCUCUGGAAAAUAACUGCGAUGACCCAGAGGUGUGGAGCCACUACCUGUCUCUGUUCUCCAGACGAGGCAGCAGGGAAGAGGUCCAGGAGAUGUGUGAGAUGGCUGUGGAGCAUGCGCCUGACUACAACGUGUGGUGGAGUUAUUUGAGCCUGGAGACCUCAUUCGAGGGGAAGGACUACGUGUGUGAUCGCCUGCUGCACUUUCUCCUCAACGAGGCGUCAUCGGGUGUCACAGAUAAACUGUCCUUCCAGCUGAUGGAGGCACUGCUUUACAGAGUCCAGCUCAACCUGUUCACGGGCAGGAUGGAGAGUGCUCUCGGCAUUCUGCAGAACGCCUUGAAGUCAGCUCAGGACAAGAGCAUGGCGGAGCACCUGACGGCCAGUGACCGGGCCUUGGUCUGGCUCUCCUAUAUCCACCUCACAGAGUUCGACCAGCUGCCGUGUAGCUUGUACGACCCGUCAGACUCUGGUCCAUCCAGACUGGUGAGCAGAGAGCCCUUCCUGCUGCCGUGGAGAACACCACAGGACAUCAGCACACCUCUCAACAUCCUUGUUGCUCUCUUCCAAGACGCCAUCCAGCGCUGCAGUGAUGACGCUCUGUCUCAGAGCGAGAGGGUCUUGGCCUGUAUGCCUUUGCACACCAACCUUAUCUUUGUCCACCAGCUGCUGCAGAGGUACAACGAAGGCAUUGCUCUGUGUGAGUCUCUGCUUUUGGAGCGUCCUGAGUCCUGCGCCAUACGAGACGCCCUGGCCGAGCUCUACAUCAGGAAGGGAAACCCAGAUCAGGCUGUCAGCAUGUGGCUCCACGCACUGGCCGAGUGCGCUAACAAUGCAAAGGUCUUCUAUCACUCCUGCAAGUUCCUGAUGGCUCAGGAGAAGUCAAGUGCCAUUGUUCCUCUGUUUCGAGGAUUUGUCCUGUCACUUUGUGAGGAUGAGCAGAGUCAGAAGAACCCCAUAGAUGUCCUGCGACACAUCCUGGGUUUCCCCGCAGAUGAGCUCCUCCGGGGUCCCGUCGUUAAGAAGGAGCUAGACGAGCAGCUCGGUCAGCAGAUGCCAUACUUCCACCUCAUUCACUGUCGUUGGCAGUGGCUGCACGGCUCCAUGGAGGAGACGGUGGACGCCUUCGAGAGAGCGCUGGGCUCCAAAAUGCAGCUGAAGGAGCUGCACCAACUCUGGAUGGACUCUGCCCUGUGUUCCGCCUCCUGCCUCAUCAGUUACCUGGAGUUUAGCAGCAGCCUUCGGGCCCAUGGGCCCAGUCAAUCCAAACUGCUAUCGGAUCUUAUCAUUCGCUGCCUGAGCACCGUCCCGUCACGUCUUGAGCUUCCCUUCAACCCUGCAGAGUUUUGGAGCUGCUACAAGUUCCACAACAAGGUGGUGAAUCUUUACCUGACCUGUCUGCCACAUUCCCAGCAUGCUCUGGUUCUGGAGAGGCUGCGAUACACCAUGCCUAACAGCACCGAGCUGGGCCUCAGGUUGCUGCAUCAGGAGUGGCAGGAUGGUAACACAGAGCACCUGAAGUUCCAGGCCCGGAUGUUGAGCACUACCAGUCCAAAGUGUUUGGCCUACUGGAAAAUAGCAAUAGCUGCAGAGCGGGAACUGAAGGCGCUAUCUGAGGUGCGACUUGUGUAUCGGCAGGCGCUGCAACACCUGCCCCUGUGUGCUGCCCUGUGGAAAGAUUGGCUUCUGUUCGAGGCGGCGGCGGCUGGAGACUCUGAUCGCCUGCGGCGGUUGGUGGACCGGUGUCAGCAGGUGGGAGUGAGUUUAGUUUUGAGCUGAGCGUGGGGGGAGCGUCACUGACUGUCAUCCACCGCAGACUACAAAUGUAUAUCACAAUAAUAAACACAAAUCAGCUGAUUGGCUGUAGAUGAGUGAGUGACGAGGUAAGACAGACACCCCCCCACACCUCCACCUCCUCCAGACCCCGAAAGUCCUGACGGACCUGCUUAUGUGCGUCACAUCAUGUACGUAAGUAUCGACCUGCUGAGUCCUCGUUUCUUCUCUUUUUUUUUUUUUUGUUUGGAGUUUGCUUCCCUCCCCUGCAUUUCUUUGCCCUGGGGUUUGGGGUGGGGGGUGAUCUAAUGUUUUUUUACUGUGGUCUUUGACCCUUCAUGUUAAAAGAUGUUUGGCCCUGUAGCCAUGCUGCACCAGACUUUUCUCUAGAGAACAAGAUCAAAGUGGAUCCUGAACCGCGUUAGUAUUUCAGUGUGACAGACUCGGCCUCAGAGACUGAUCCGUGCUAUGGACCCCAGGCCCAGUCAGGACUCGCCAACAUGUGCAAUCUGUUUUUCUUUUUUUGUCAAAAUUCUGCCAAACAAUGAUUAAAGCGUAUUAGUCCGGAUGGGAGCGUCUUCACUAUUGGGUUGAUAUGUGUUGGAUUAAAUGUUAAUUAAAUUAUUUUCUAAUGAGGAAA